AUGGAAAGGGAGAAGAUGGAGAGGGGCAAGUCUGAGCUGAGGAUGGCCAUCGAGGACCUCUCCUUGCCCAGCUCAGGAGAUGGUGAAUAUCAGGAGCAGCAGGGGAAAAUUAGGAGGUCAUCCACCAUGGAUCUCCUUUGUGUCUCCAACCAGCUUCUCCGUGUCCUUGAUGCGAUUGGGCCAACGCUUCUAGUCCUCAGGCAAGACAUUCAGCAAAAUGUUCAGAGAUUACAGGAUCUCCAUGCAAGAGACUCUUCACAAUACGUGAGCUUGACGGCGAUCGUGAUGGAAGAAGUGGAGGAAGGGAACUCAAAGAAGACCAACAGUUGUAGCAGGGCAAUUAUCUGGCUGGCUAGGCCGCAACGCGUCCAGUCCAGAGAACCCGCAUUGGAAGAGAAGAUGAGCUGCGAUGCGAUUGGGCCGACGCUGCUAGUCCUCACGCAAGACAUUGAGCAAAAUGUUCAGAGAUUACAAGAUCUCCAUGCAAGAGACUCUUUGAAAUAUGCGAGCUUGACGGCGAUGGUAACAAAGGAAGUGGUGGAAGGGACCUCAAAGAAGACCAAUAGUUGCGCCAGGGCAAUUAUCUGGCUGGCCAGGUCGGUGAAUUUCUCGAUACAUUUGCUGGAGGGAUUAGUGAAGAACUCAGAGUCAAGCCUGCAAGAGAUGGUGGAAGAAGCAUACAAGAGCACCCUCAAGCCGUUCCAUGGAUGGAUCUCAUCAGCUGCUUACAAGGUAGCAUUGUGUCUUAUUCCGGAAAGAGACAUCUUCAUUCAGUUGCUGAUGGGGAGCUGCCAGGAUCCUGGGUAUUUUGGUGAAGAUGUCAUGGUCUUGGUCUCCAUUGCACAACCUCUGCUAGAGGAGAUAAAUGCCAUUUUGGUAAAGCACCAGCUGGAAAGGCUAAAAUCCACCUGA